AUGGCAGCCAUGGAGAAGCCAAAGUUCAAAGUCAUCAUCGUCGGGGGUUCAAUUACAGGGUUGACAUUGGCACAUUGUUUAUUAAGGGCUGGUAUAGACCACGUAAUUCUGGAAAAAAGAGCCGAGAUCGCCCCCCAGGAAGGAGCAUUCAUCGGAAUAUGGCCCAAUGGCGCCCAGGUUUUACAGCAGCUCGGAGUCUACGAGAGCAUGGAAAAGCUCACCGCGCCGAUAGACCGGAUGCAUAUUUCGUAUCCUGAUGGAUUCUCAUUCAGCAGCCUACUUCCGAAGGAAAUUCACAAACUUCUGAAGUAUCCCGUUGUUUCUCUUGACCGGCAGAAGGUUCUUGAAGUGCUCUACCAGAGCUACCCCGACAAGUCGAAGAUCAUUGUUAAUAAGAGGGUGCUUCAAGUUCAAUUAUCCACUGGAAAUGCCAGUGUAGUGACGGAUGAUGGGAAAAUUUACACGGGUGAUCUUAUCGUCGGCGCAGAUGGUGUUCACAGCCGGAUACGUUCCGAGAUGUGGAGGCUGGCAGAUGAACUGCAACCUGGAUUGAUCACCCCAAAAGAGCGCAAAGCACUUACUGUUGAAUAUGCCUGUCUCUUUGGAAUCUCGCAGGCGAUACCUGGACUUCAAAGUGGGGACCAUGUCAAUCGGUACGGUGAUAAGUUCUGCAUUAUAACAUUUCACGGAAAAGCAGACCGCGUGUUUUGGUUUAUAAUCCACAAACUUGACCAAGUCUACACUUACCCCGAUGCCCCUCGGUACUCCCCAGCAGACGCGACAGAACUUUGCGGCAAACUGCGCCACGUCAAAAUUGUGGAUGAUGUUACAGUGGGAGACCUGUGGGAGACCAAGGAAUUGGCCUCAAUGACGGCGCUGGAAGAGGGUCUAUUCGAGAAUUGGCACUUCAAACGGAUAGUACUUCUUGGGGACAGUAUCCACAAAAUGACACCCAAUAUUGGACAAGGCGCAAACACGGCCAUCGAAGAUGUUGCUGUGCUUUCUUCCCAGAUAAAUCGUCUGGUAAAUAUAGAUGGAAUUCAGAAGCCAUUGGAGACCGACAUCGAGGCAAUGCUACAGGAGUACAAGAUCCAGCGAUUUGAUCGAGCCAAAGGUACAUGCGCCCGAGCAAGUUUUGGGGCUCGAUUCCACACUCGAGAUGACCGAGUCAAAGCUUUUGUGGGAAGAUACAUCUUCCCUCACAUUGGUAGUUUGAUCGUGAGGCGCACCUCCAAAAUUCUUUCCGGAGGAGAUAUUCUCGACUACCUCCCGGUGCCAGAUCGGAACAAAGAGAACAAUCACACGGAAAUUUCUACAAAGACAAAUCUAGCCCCGCGACCUUGGGCUAUGCUCUGGAUCACUUCGCUUCUUGUCUGUUUGCUUAUUCCCUGGAUCCGCUCAUACUUGCUCUCUGGUCUUUGCUCCGAAACACAGUGUCAAUCCCCGUAG